AUGGUUUUGUGUGUGACCAGUCACACGGCUAAUGGGCCGAUUGGGCUGUUCCGAUGCGUCGAGUCUGUGGGCAAAUAUCGGCUGAAAGUGGAGGUCGCGUUCCAAAUACAAAAAGUGCGCGGGAUUCGGCGGGCCGCGGCGCGCCGAUCGACCCCCGCGGUCCGUGGGAAAGCGGGCACGUGUGCCGACCUCCAGGCCGCGACGCCGCUCGCGAAACUCCAGAUAGCCCACGUA